UUCAAGUGUAUACCUAGUGCUUAUGGUUGUUACUGCCACUGUCUGCUAUACAAUAAGCCUAACUUUGCUGCCAUUGAAUCAUUGCUAAAGAUACAUUGCAGAUCUUAUAAAUUUCAAGUGGUAUUUCUUCCAAAGUUUCAUUGUGAGCUAAAUCCCAUCAAAUAG